GGCGGGAACCAUUGGCGCCAUUAAUUCAGGAUUCGCGCCAUAACUGGCGAGUUUCUGCCUAUUUAAUCGACCGCCACUAGUGGCUACUAUGAACUAUCGUCUCCCAAUCACGUCUUCCCAUUUCGCCCCAAACCAUCACCCCACUCCUCAAAAUGGCCCAAGCAGCGGAGAUCAAGAACGGCAGCGCCGAAAUCCAGGAGCCGGCGGCGAAGAUCCCGAAGCUCGACCAGCAAAACGGCGUCCACUCCGCCCUCGUCCCCGCCGAUGUGCCUUUCUUCAAGGUGAAGAAGCUUUCCCCGAAGGCCGUCUUGCCCACUAGAGCCUCUCCUCUCUCCGCCGGCUACGAUCUCUCCAGUGCUGCGGAGGCGAAAGUCCCGGCGAGAGGAAAAGCCCUAGUUCCGACGGACCUGAGCAUCGCGGUGCCUGAAGGGACAUACGCCCGCAUAGCUCCGAGGUCCGGACUCGCGUGGAAGCACUCGAUCGACGUGGGAGCGGGAGUGAUAGACGCCGAUUACAGAGGCGCCGUCGCGGUGAUCCUGUUCAAUCACUCCGACGUCGACUUCGAGGUCAAACAAGGCGAUAGGAUUGCUCAGCUGAUUAUCGAGAAGAUAGUUACUCCCGAGGUUGUGGAAGUUGAAGAUUUGGAGGCCACCGUUAGAGGCGAAGGAGGGUUCGGCUCCACCGGCGUCUGAAAUCCAUUUCAUUUUUACCGUUCGCUAACCCUCGUCGCCGACUUGUUUUUUCCCCCCAUUUGCUUCGGCCUCCGUUGUAGGGGUAGUUUAGUGAUAUUAGCGGACGAUGUUGCUAAAUCGGAUAAUAGAAAGUAGUGCAGUAGCAGUAGUAA